AACCUCUCUUUCUAUAUAAACCAUUCUCAUUCACUCACUCUUCCAUCCCCACCACUACUCUCUCCGCUUUCAAGACUCCCUUCAUUUGCUUAGUCUCUCUCUCACCCUCAAUACUUUUACGUCUCUCUAGCUACUUCAUUUCCAUGGCCACUGCAGAGGUUGUAACAGCAACAACAGCCCUCCAAGAGGAGAAAGUUGAGGAGGUUAAGACUGAAGAGACUACUAAAACUGCUCCUCCUCCUCCUCCAGCUACUGCUGCUGUAGAAGAAGAGGUUGUCUCUACUCCAGCAGAGCCUGCAGCUGUUGCACAGGAACCAAAAGACACAGAAACUACAACUGUAAGCGAGGAGGAGAAGCCAAAGGAUACCGAAAGCGUCGAACAGACACCACCACCACCACCACCACCAGCUACAGAGGAAAAGAAGGAAGAGACUACUAAGGAAGAACCAGCUGAAACUGAUCAACCUGCAGUUGAAGCAGUUGAGAAGGAAGAGGUCAAGGCUGUGACUGAGCCAGCAGAGCCUACAGUUGUGAAGGAGGAGACCAAAGAGAAGGAGGAAGAGUCUCCGGCACCGGAAACCGAAGCGGAAGCUCCGAAAGAAGAGGAGAAGGAGGAGGUUAAGGAAGAAGAGAAAGCAGUUGUGGAGUCUGCUACUGCAGAGGAGAAAGUUAGCACUGAAGCUCCAGCAGUUGAGAAAGCCGAGUAAAAAACCAAGCUUUUUGUUAUGAGAGAGAGUGUGGUUUUUUCUAAGUUGGGAUCCUUUGUUUGUAUUAAGUGAGUCGGGGUGGGGGUAUUUUCGGGUUUGCAUUAAUUUAGUGGGGGUCUAAUUCUAAUAAUGAGGGAUAUCUAGGUAUAAAAAUCGGGUUUGUGGUUAUGGAAUCAAAAAGGGUAGGAAAUUUACCUCACUUGGGGUUUCUCUCACUCAGUACCAGCUUCCCACAUGGCAAAAUACAUUGGUUCUUUGGAGGAUAUAUAUAUAUAUAUAUAUAUGUUCAUAUAACAUAUAUAUCAUAUAUGUGUUGCUGUUGUGCCAUUUGGGAGUUGGUCCAAUUUGGUUCCUAAGUAGGGUUUAAUGAAUUCUAUCAGGGUUAAUACAUAUAUAUGUAUGUGUUUGAUAGAAAAUGGGUCGGUUUGAUGUUAUUUGUUGAAUAAUAAAAAGUACAGUACUACUUUUUGUUUGUUUUAUAA